AUGGACCCUCUCUCAAUUGUUGGUGCCGUCGCCUCAGUCAGCAAAACCGUCUACAGCGCAUCCACUACCCUCUAUACGUUCGUGAGCGAGACCAGAAACGUCGAUCAGACUGUCAUAGAUCUUGCAACAGAAGUCGACGCGCUGAACAGUGCACUUAAGGAGGUCGAAGCGGUUCUCAAAAGUCCGACUAUCAUAGAUGCUGAGAAGCGUGGGUCAGCAGAAGACAAUAAGCAACUAUGGCAGACUAUCUAUGGAGCCUUGGAUGAAUGUCAGAUAACUGUCGUCAGAAUCGACUCUGCGCUGGACGGUGUCAGGAAGAAACGCUCAAACUGGGCUACACAGACGUUCCGGCAGAUGAAGCUUAACCUGGGGAAGGACGAGAUAGAUUCUCUUAGGGCACAAACUCACACUCAUUAUAGUGCUCUUAAGAUGGCUUUGGCAAUGGUUACCAUACGGGCUGCCUAUAAUGCCCCUGUGGUUGUUAUUGCCGACCUCGGCCCUAGGAUAGAGAACCUUCAAGGCUCUUUAGACCUCCUGACAACAUCUUUGGAAGGCCAGAGAAGAGAAAUCGCACUUAUGUCAGGCAAGCUGACAAACGCUGACUCUGCGAACACAGAACGACUCCGGUUGUUGGCGAGGCACAUUCUUUCCAAAGCCACCACAGUCCAUGGAUCGACUGUAGCUGGGGGGUCUAUUUGUGGCGACCCAGCCGCCGAUGAAAUUCGAGCUCGGACUAUGAACUGGAUACCCGCACCAGUGGUCAACGAGCGGGCAUCCUCGAGAUCAUCAGUUACCCAGUCUCGAGAUCAAACGCUUUUCAGCGAACCUGAUGGUACUGUCGAUACGGACCUAACCGAAGGAACUGUGCCGCAUAAUGAGCCAGAGCUUGCAGACUCUGAUUCCGACGGCGAAUUUGAGCUUGAAGUCACUCGGAGACUGUUAGACAAAGGCAAGAAGUUAUUUGACUUAGAUAAUUAUGCAGAAGCUGUGCGUUUUCUACAGAAUAGUGUUGCAAGUUUUAAUCGACUCCCGAAUAGCCAGAGAACACAGCUAGACCUAGCAGAGGUCCCUAUAAUGAUCGCAACCUGUAAGUAUCAUUUAAAAGAGCUAAAUCAAGCUGAAGGCGAUCUUCUUUUACUAGUCCGACAAGAAUCUACCAGUGAUCGAGACGCCAUCCGAACAUGUCAGAUUUCACAUCUCCUAUCUCAGAUAUACCUGAUCAAGAAUCAACUUGAAGCUUCCGAGGAUUACUGCCGAAAAAGUUUGAAAGGACGACGACGCCUUCUAGGUAAAGAACAUCAGGACUACUUUGCAUCUCUUAGACUGCUCUCCGAUAUUUGCAAUGUACGCGGAAAGGAUGAAGAAGCAAGUGUUUACCAAGACAUGAUACCGCCUGAGAUCGCACAGCUGCAGAAAAAGAUACGACCGGAACAAAACUGCCCAAAUGACGCUGCAUUGAUCACAAAUAACCCGCCUGAGACCGCACAGCUGCAGAAAAAGAUGCGACCGGAAGACUACCACCCAAAGGACACUGCAUUCUUCGCAAAUAACCCAGAGAUGAACCAAGAGAUAUUACAAAGACCAAGGUCUACGCUCAGGGGCCACACGGGGCGGGUCUACAGCGUCACCUUCUCGCCAGAUGCCAAGCUGGUAUUAACCGGCUCAAGGGACAUGACGGCCAGGCUCUGGGACGUGGCAACGAGCAUGAAGCGGGUCACGUUUGAGGGCCACACACAUGGAGUACGGGAUGUCGCUUUCUCGCCAGAUGGCAAGUUAGUAGUGACGGGAUCGGAGGACCAUAUAGCUAAACUCUGGGACGCGACAACUGGGGCGAAGCGGGUCACGCUUAAGGGCCACACGAGGGGGGUCUUGGGCGUCGCUUUCUCGCCGGAUGGCAAGCUAGUGGCAACGGGGUCAGGGGAUAAGACGACUAGACUCUGGGAUACAGCAACGGGAGCAAGUCAACUCAUACUUAAGGGCCAUACAGUUGGAGUUAACUGCGUUGUCUUUUCCCCGGACGGUAAGCUAAUAGCAACGGGAUCAGGAGACGGGACGGUUAGGCUCUGGGACACAGUAACAGGGACGAGACAGAUUUACACUCGAGAGCCAUAUAGAUGGAGUGGAAUGUAUUGCUUUCUCGCCGGACGGCAAGCUAGGGGCAACAGGAUCAGAGGACAGAACAGCCAAAAUCUGGGACAUAACAAGUAG